AAAUUUCCCCGCGCUUUCCAAUCCGCCCGCGUCCCCGUUCUGAUUUCAAUCCGCCGCCGGUUUUUCAAACCGAUUGGAUCUGAGCCCCCGCGCGCCCACGAGCCAACCCCGUCUCCGGAUCCCGGCUCGGCGUCGUCGGCUAUGGCGGUGAUAGGGCGGCCGUCGAAGCGAUCGUCGGUUAUGGCGGCGAUUGGGCGGCCGCCGAAGCGGGCGCGGGUGACGGCGGAGCCACGCCCGCUCGACCUGCGGGCCUUCCCGGCGGGCGGGGAGGGCUUGCUGCCCGCAGGCCGCGGCGAGGGGGCGUUCAGCGACCGCGUGCGGUGGUUCCUGACGCGCUGCGCGGUGCUGGCGGGCGGUGCAUGGCGGGUGGUGUUUCGCGACGGGGAGGACGGGGGAACGGUGGCGAUGGAGGUGGUGGAGGAGGACGUGACCAGGGUCGAGGCCGCGCGGGUCUACUGCGAGCACUGCACCGUCGCCGGCUGGAGCAGGCACCCUGUUUGUGGGAAGCGGUACCACUUCAUAAUUCGCAAUGAACAUGGCACGCACGACUGCAAAACCUGCCGGCAUUGUGGGCUCAUGGUCCAAUUGUUUGAAACAGGGUGCCCGUCGUGCAAGCAUGGGCUCUCUUAUGAUGAUCCGGAAGAGUGGGACUUUAUGCAAUUAGAUAAUCCGCGGCAUUUGCUUCACGGCAUUGUUCAUGAAAAUGGGUUCGGACACCUAGUGCGGAUAAAUGGCCGAGAUGGUGGCUCCAGUCUAUUUACGGGAUAUCAACUGAUGGAUUUUUGGGAUCGUCUCUGCAGAUACCUUAGGGUCAGAAAGGUCUCGUUGAUGGAUGUCUCUAAGAAGUAUGGAACUGAGUACCGGGUCCUACACGCCAUCGCCACUGGUUGUUCUUGGUAUAGCCAAUGGGGAUUCAAACUCAGCAAAGGGAGCUUUGGAAUCACACCGGACGAAUACUAUAAAGCUAUAGAUAGCCUUUCCUCAACUCCAUUAUCGCACUUCUUCCCGCACUCCCGUUCUCCUCGAAACCAGCUGCAAGAUACCAUUACGUUCUAUCAAUCCCUUUCAAAUCGCCCUCUCACCACAAUCCGUGAACUGUUCAUCUAUGUGCUGGGGCUUGCCAGCAGCAAGAGUAUGCAUAUCCAAGUAGGAACAAUGCAUAAAAAGGAACAAUCAUAUGCCCAUUUGCCAGAGACAUGGCCUGAUGAAGAAAUAAAGCGAGCAAUGGAUAUUGCUCUGAAAGUUCUCCGUGCUGUUGAUAGAACAAGGUGGGUGGCCAUGCGAACUCUAAAGGCAGCCAUAUCCCAUCCAGUUGGUUCACAACAGUUGGUUGAUUACUGCCUCAAGACCCUUGGUACAAGAAAAAUAGACGGGAUGGUUGUUGGGGUCAGAUGCAACAAUGAGACAAACACAAUAGAGUACAGGCUUACGAAUGAAACCAUCUCAAUGCCAAACACAUACCUGCCAACCCGAGACCAUCUUCUUCGUGACAUCAAGUUCUUGUAUGACAUGCUCCUCUACCCGCAUACAAUGCAUCCCUACAAGCCGGAAAAUAACCAUGAGCAUGCAAAGAGAUCUGCAAUGAUCCUUUUGGACUGCAAGCAAUUCACGAAGCAUUAUGACCUGGAAGAGGACUUCUUGCCUCAAAACCCGUCCAUGUUGCACAUUUGGUGUCAAGUAGAGCUGUUGGACCAGGUUGGUGAUCCGCCCUGCAUCCCACCGGAGCUCCUAACACUUCCACAAACAGCAACUGUGGCAGAUCUGAAGGCAGAGGCAACAAAAACAUUCCAUGACAUCUACCUAAUGUUACAGACUUUUGUAGCCAAUCAGCUUCUUGACUGUGGAACUGCAAGCGAGGUAACUCAAGUCAAGCUCUUAUUUGGAGCAAAUGGAACUGUUCGUCUCCAAGGCAGGUGUGUUGGGGGUGAACGCAGGGUUGGAAUUUACCGGAUGGAGAGAGGCGUUGACAGAUGGACGGUCAAUUGCUCUUGUGGAGCCAAGGAUGAUGAUGGUGAGAGGAUGCUGUCUUGUGACUCUUGCCAUGUGUGGCAGCACACUAGGUGUGCUGGGAUUAGUGAUUUUGAUCAGGUGCCGAAGCGAUAUGUAUGUAAAACAUGUAAAUCACUCCACAAACCAAAGAGCAGUGGACCUAGGGCAACUUUUAGUAUUGGCCCUAACAAAAGAUGUAAACUGACACAGGUGCCUUUAGCCAUGUAGGUAGGGGAUUGCUGAGGCC